AUGCGUGUGAAUAAAGGUGAUAAAGUGCAUGAGGGUGAUCAAGCAGUCAAUGAUGGUGGAGGAGCAGUAAAUGAUGGUGGAGAAGUAGUCAUUGAGGUGCAUGUGCAACAACAAUAUGAUGAGGUGGAACUCACUCCUUUGGAGUUUGAUGCAUCAGGAAAUGGAGUACCUAGUCAAGUUCAUGUGCAACAACAGGAGGCUAAAGAAACAUCAACUGUAUCCUUUUUGAAGAAAAUCAGGAGGAAGAAAUCUGAAAGGAUUAUCAAGUUGAAGUUGGGCAAAAUAGUUGGUGAUGCAGAUGCACUUGGGAAUUCAAAAGCUAGACCUCUUACUCUAGAAUAA